AUGGACCUGAACCCCUCGUCUCGAAAUGGAAACCCUCUGCAACAACUCUACGGAUCGCGGCGGUCAUUACGCUGGAUCGUGUUGCUCGUGCUCGCCGCCCUCGCCAUCAUUUAUAUGACCGGAACGACCUAUGAACCCUACAGCGCGGCCGGAGGCGGCGGAACCAGCUACUCAUCCUCCUCAUCGGGGUUCAAACAUUCACACAAGAAGCAGGCGAAAGCCCUGAGUCCGGUGGAUUUGAUGAAGAGACCCAUCUCCCGCGACCUGCAGACCAUCCCCAAGCUGAUGCACCAGAGCUGGGCGUCAACCGAGCUGCCUGCCAAAUUCGAGCGCUGGAGUUCGACGUGCAGACAACAACACCCGGACUGGGAGUGGGUGUUGUGGACGGACGAGGACAAUGAAGAGUUGGUCCGGACACAUUUUCCCUGGCUGCUGAAGACAUACCUGGGUCUACCCAGCGUCAUCUACCAGGCGGAUUUGGUGCGAAAUCUCUACAUGUACAUGUUUGGAGGGGUGUAUGCCGAUUUGGAUGUUGAAUGUCUCCGGCCUGUUGACGAGAUGUUUGCCCAAUACAACGUGACAACCGCGUCGCACGCCAAACCCAAACCACAAUCCGCGCAGAAUAUGCUGAAGAGCGGUCGAAAAGCCUUCUUUGGCCGAAUGGGCACCGACCACGGCUCCUCCAACUCGAUCCCCAACGCCUGGAUGGCUUCGACGCCGGGUCACCCCUUUUUCCUGAUCGUGCUCGAGUCGGUCAUGAAGAGGAUGACGGAAGAAGGGGACAUGGACAACGUGGAAGGCAUCACGGGUCCAGGAAAGCUGUACGACAUGAUCAACGAAUACCUCCAGGAGGACAGCAAAUGGGCAGGGGAGGCCCUGGACAAGCACGUGUCCAAGAAUCCCACGGCAAAGCAAUUCAACCCGCGCAAGGGAUUGAAACAUUCCAUCGAGGUGCUCCCUUUCCAGUACAUUUACCCGUACUCGUGGGAGCGAGACGGCGAGGCUUAUCGAGAGGUGUGCUGGGCUACCAAGGAGGCCUUCAACGCCGAGCGAUGCAAACAGCUCCUCGCGACCGAUCACUGGCCGAGUUAUACGAUUACCUACUGGAGUCACACCUGGACGAGUGGCGGCCAUGACGACGGCAAUGUACAGAAGCUUGAAAUGGCCGAUCGAUGA